AGGCGGUAGCGGAUGGGUAACUGCUAGUUAGUUUGUGCUCGGGUUUAUUGUUAAGGUUGUAUGGAUUAGCACUGCGGGUCUCUUUCCAUUUUCAUAACACAAACAGUAGCAUUAAUGCUGAGUUAAUACUUCUAGAGUUGUAUGAAGAAAAUAACCAAAAAAUGAGAGAACAACAAUGAACGAGACAGACAGAAAAACAACGUGGAUCCAGCAAAACUAGGAACACGCCCACCUUCACAUAACCUGCCGAGCCUGUGACCCCACCCACCCCGUGACCUCAUCAUGUCGAACUCGGUGGCCACCCUGGUGGCUCAAACAGACCUCUUACCCUCUCAGUCCUCAGGCUCUCUCUCGCCCUUUCCAUCCCUGCUGGGUUCGGGGGAGGAGGACGGAGAGAGGGGUGAGGAUGAGGAGGAGGAGGAGGAGGGUGAGAAGGACAUGGUGGAGGGAGGGGAGGAGGUGGUGUUGGAGAUGAUGACCUCCGCCGUGACCUCCACGUCGCAGCACCAGGAGAACCCCGACCACCCCUUCCAGUGCCCGGACUGUGGCAAGAGCUUCAAGUGGUCGUCCAGGCUGACCCACCACCAGCGCAGCCACAACAACGAGAGGCCUUACCGUUGCAACCUCUGCCCCAAGGCCUUCAAAGGCUCCUCUGCUCUGCUCUACCAUCAGAGAUCUCACUCAGGAGACAAACCCUACAAGUGUGAUGACUGUGGCAAAGCCUUCAAGCGUUCCUCCCUGCUUCAGGUUCACAGCAGCGUCCACACUGGGCUGCGGGCCUUCCAGUGCCCCUACUGCCCGCUCACCUUCAAGUGGAGCUCCCACUACCAGUACCACCUGCGCCAGCACACGGGCGAGUGCCCCUACAUCUGCGACAGCUGCCCCAAAGCCUUCAAGAACUCCAGCAGCCUGCGGCGACACAAGAACGUCCACCUGGGCCUGAAGCCCUACAUCUGCACCGUGUGCCACAAGGCCUUCACCCAGUCCACCAACCUGAGGCAGCACAUGAGGAUCCACACAGGGGAGAGGCCGUACGUGUGCGGGGACUGCGGACGCAGCUUCACGCACUCGUCCAACCUGGCCCUGCACAGGAACUCCCACGCCCACACCUCGGAGGGGAAGGGAGGGGCCCAGCCCGGCGGAGCGGGGGCGGACGGCGGGGGGAAGGUGGAGGUGGAGGUCAUGGUGGGCUCGGAGGAAGUGACGUCGUCCAUGCUGACGGAGAUGGUGGGCUUCGUGAGCCAGGAGGGGGCGGUGGGGGUGGAGGAGGUGUUCCUGUCGCACCACCACCACGGGCCGUCGCCGGGCCAGGCCCUCCUCCCCCGGCUCACCCUCGCCCACGGCAGGGAGGGGGUCUGCACGUCCCGGGCCAUCGGCACGGAGGUGCACGUCAGCACGGACACGGGCGCCAGCGUGCUGCUCUACAGCUGCGGCAGCUGCAGCCAGACCUUCGGCACGUGCAGCGAGCUGGAGGACCACCAGGGCAUGCACACAGCCCCGGGGGAGGAGGGCCACGGGCAGGCGGGGCCGGGGGGAGACGGCGGGGUGGGCGUGGGGCUGGUGGGGGCCGGGCACCUGCUGGCCGACUUCGAGGAGGUGGUGGAGACCACCACGGUGUCGGAGAACGGGCACACUGCGGCGGAGCUGCUGGGGCUGACGGAGGGCAUGGACGGAGGGACCGUGGAGACCACCCAGGCCCAGUUCGACCUGCUCCAGAGCUUCACUGCAGCCGUGGCCCAGAUACCAGCCGAGGGGGCGGAGCCAGCGGGCGUCACCGUGGCGACCGGGGGGGUCACGCCGUGCGCCUACUGCAGCAAGAGCUUCAAGACGAGCGGAGGCCUGAACAGACACCUGGCACAGGCCCACCCUCCCGCGCCACCCCAGUCCCGCUCCCAGUUCAGCUGCUCCGCCUGCGACCGCUCCUUCCCCCUGCUCUCCUCCCUCCUCACCCACCAGCACUCCCACACGCCGGAACAGCGCCUGCUGGCCGAGGCGGAGGCCGAGAUCGUGUGCCCCCCCUCGCUGUCCCUGUCCCUGCCCCUGCCCUCCUCCCCCGGCCAGGCGGACAAGCAGGGCGACGGCCCGGGGGAGAUCCACGUCAGCCUGAUCACCGUCACCCAGGAGGAGGAGGACGAGGAGGGGCGGGCGGAGCGCGACCAGGCCAAGCCCCCCACGCGCUCCGUGGGGAAGGGCCAGAGGAGAGGGGGCAAGGCCGCUGCCGCCGCCGCCGGGGGAAACAACGAGAGACCUUAUCGCUGCUCGGAGUGUGAGAAGUCCUUCAAGGGUUCGUCCGGGCUGAGGUACCACAUGAGAGACCACACGGGGGAGAGACCCUACCGCUGCACCGAGUGCGGCAAGAGCUUCAAGAGGUCGUCUCUCCUCUCCAUACACCAGAGGGUGCACACAGGUGUGCGGGCCUUCCAGUGCCCCUACUGCCCGCUCACCUUCAAGUGGAGCUCCCACUACCAGUACCACCUGCGCCAGCACACGGGCGAGCGGCCGUACGUGUGCAAGGAGUGCGGCAAGUCCUUCAAGAACACCAGCUGCCUGCGCCGGCACAGCCAGAUGCACUCGGGCCUCAGGCCCCACACCUGCACGGUGUGCUCCAAGUCCUUCUCCCAGACCUCCAACCUCAAACAGCAUGAACGCACACACUCUGGAGAGAGGCCCUUCCAGUGCUCCCAGUGCCACAAGACCUUCACGCACUCCUCCAACCUCCAGCUCCACCUGCGCACACACUCGUCGCGCAAGGACUACAAGUGCCCGUACUGCAGCAAGGAGUUUGUGAUGCACUCCUACCUGCAGAGGCACAUCCGCACGCACGCCAACGGCACGGCCGUCAUGUCCGGGGGCGGGGCCAAGGAGGCGGACGCCGCGGGGGGGAAGGGGGCCGCGGGGGGGGUGACCACCGCGACCCUCCUGAACCCCAUCACCUUGGAGACCAGCGGGAACCCCGGGAGUCUGAUCGUGUCCCAGCCGGCGCUCGACAUCCCCCUGAACACGUCGCAGAACUACUUCAUGAUCCAGACAGCCAGCGGCCUCCAGCUCAUCCCCCUGUCAGCGCCCACCCCGGCCCCGCCCCCUCCCCCACCCCAGACCCAGAACUACAUCGUCCUCCAGUGCCCGUCCAGUAACGGCAGCCAGCCCAGUUUGAUCCUUGUUCCCGCGGCGACCAACCCCGCCCCUUCCACCUCGGAGCACCAGGCUCUCCCAUUGGUCCAGACCAUCCCGGCGCUCCAGCCGGUUCUCGGCCCCGCCCAGGCGCAGAUCCCUCACUUCCAGACGGUGACCCAGCAACAGCAGCCGACCAGAUUCAUCAUCACCAACAACAACAGCGGCGGCGGCAACGCUCCGAUCGCCACGACGACACACACCCUUUCCUCCAACUCCCUGCUGAGCAAGCCCAUACUGGGGAGGAGCACAAGGACAGCCAGGACGAGGCGCGGACGCAAGCCUAAAGCUGCCUCCCUGAAGGCAGCAGCUGCCUCCACUAACCCGCCUGGGCCCGGGACCAGCCUGACUGCCUCUACUGCCUCUACGGUCACCUCAACGACCACCGCUGCUGCUAACGCCACGACGUCCUCCGUCUCCAGGUCACCGCCUGUGUCCCUCCCCUCCGCCCCCCUGCCUGUUUACCAUUCUACCUCCACCGCCUCUUCCCUGCCCACGAUGGUCACUGUCACCGCGCCCGUCGCCACGACCACCCGGGCCUCGCUCUCUCCCCCUGACGGGGCCGCUCCGGGCGGGGACUCCUGUGCCCCUCUGGAGGAGGGUCAGGGGGGCGGGGCCGUGGGCAUGGCCGGGAAGCAGUACGUGUUGUGCUUUGAGAAGGACGAGGGGAGGAGGGAGCGGGUGCAGAUCGAGGGGGAGGGGGGGGAGUCUUACGAGGUGGUGUUUGAGCUGGGGGAAGAGACCAAGAUGGAGCAGGGCCCUGGGGAGAGCAUGCAGAUGAUAGCCCUAAUCGAGGGGGAGGGAGGAGGGGAAGGGGUUAGUUACAGUACUCCUGGAGGGGAGGGGAGGGACGGCGGAGGGGGGAUGGAAGGAAUCUACCAAAUCGAGGGAGAGGAGGGGAUCGUAAUCAUCGAAGUCAGCACCAGCCACCUGAGAGAUGGAGGGAUGCAGCGAGGAGAGGAAGGGGCCCCGGAGAGGAGCGAGUUAAAGGCAGAGGGGGGUGGAGGAGCUGAGAUGAGGCCCGACAAGAAGCAGAAAUCCGCAGAGGGGGCGGGCGAAGCCUCUGAGAACCCACCCACCAACGGCCCCACACACAGCUCUCCACUCAUGCCGUUAACUAACUGA